CAAACAUCGAGGAAAGCAACACGCGUUUUUUAUUUGCGGUAAUGUAUUCGUGGUUUUCCAAUAAAUUUGUUGGGAAAAAUUUAUUUAAUUAUUUAGCAAUUGUUUUUUUUUAUCAACCCCCAUUUUGAAACUCACAAGAAGGCACGCGCUUUUCAUUUCAUCUUCUUCGUUUGGCGUCUGCAUUCACCAGCUACAAAUCUAAUUGUGUGAAAACCAAGAUAAUAUUCUACUUUGUCGGGCGUUUACCAGCAAUAACUGCUACAUAUACAUAAAUUUACAUCAGCAAGACCAGGCAUAAUUAAAAAUUCCAAGAAAAUUACAAAAAUCGGCUUAACAUUUGGAAAACUACAAAUUUAAACAAUCAUCGGCUAGACAUCUGAAAACCAGCUUCUACAAUCAUCAGCCAAACCAAACUAAUUUAUAUUUUAAGCAGAUAAAAACUGUUCCAAGAAAUAGUAAAAUUUUGACAAUCAUCGGCUACAUCUGAAAACCUACCAGCUAAUACAAUCAUCAGCCAGACCAAACUUUAUUAUAUUUUAAACAGAUAAAAAUAGUUCAACAGACAUCUGAAUACUACCAGCUACUACAAUCAUCGGCUACAUCUGAAAACCAACCAGCUACUACAAUCAUCAGCCAGACCAAACUAAAUUAUAUUUUAAACAUAUAAAAAUAUUCCAACAAAAUUUAAAAAAAAUGGACGAAUCACAAUCACGUUCAACGUCACCUGUGGAGAAAAAUACGAUAAGUGAAUUAAAACAAACAGAAACACCGGUCAAUAUUAUCCCACAAACAGAAACACCGGUCAACAUUAUCCCAUCUAGUCAAGUACUUCUAUCGACUACAAAUUACGUUUUGGUUCGAGAUGACAGUAAAUUAUUACUAAAUGAUUUGUCAUCGCCAGAUAACAAAUCAAUAAGUAUUCAAGAGCAAUCAGAUGAUCAAUCAGGUGUGGAAAACGUUUCAUUCACAGAAUUGAUAAGUUCUUAUUGCUCCAAUGAUGAUGACAAUGAGGUGGAAGCUCUCAAAACUCUUUUGAAUGAAUGGAAAAUCCCAAAUAUGUUUCACCAACUUUUUAUUGAUGAAAAUCUUUUUGUACCGGUGUUGCAAGUGGCAAACGAAUUUUUCAUGAAGAGGUUUUUACAAACUUUAAAUAUAACAACCGCGAGUAGGAUUGUUUUCUUUGAUAAGUGGUUUCAAUGGAAAACCGAACGGUAUACAUCUUUAUCUAAUACUCCGUCUUUAGUUUCUACACCAACGACUAGUGUAGCGUCACCUUCAUCUACCACAGCAUCAGUGAGCAAAAGUUUGAUAGAUAUUUUAAACUGUAAAGAUGGACAAACAAUUAAAGAUUAUUAUGACGAAAAUAAAAACAUAGACAAUAAAUCUGUUCGUAAGUUGCUCACCGACACAAUUUUGAGUUACGCCAGAAUAAAUAACGUACAUUUCUCGUCGAACGAUUUGAUAAAGCUUUCAGAUGAAAUACAGUUGGUGUUCAAUGAGGAUCCAUUGGAUUACUACUGCACAAAAAAAGGCAUGAAAAAUCCUAAAGGAAUGCUUGCAAACAAAUUUCAUAAUUAUCGAGGAAAAAGUCGUUCAAUAAAUCGUUUGUUUGCGGACCACAAUAAUAAAGAAAAGAAAAUCGAUGAUUUGCCGGUGGAACCAAAUACUUUUGAACAAGAAAAGCUGCUUCUAAAAAUGAAGCACGAUCAUCAUACAAUGAACGCUCAGGAAAAAAGUGAUGCAUGGGCAAAAACUUUCAAUAUUCGCCAAUUAGAUCUCAAAAAGGCUAACGAUAAGACAAUUAAAUGGGAAAAAUUCUAUGAAAAAUGGCACUUCAUGAACUUUCCGAAUGGCUAUGAAUAUAUCGAAUCGGACUUCAACAGAAUGUUUGCAAAUAAAGAUGAUGUUCUGGUGGGUACCAAAAUAGCCCAUUUUUGCAAUUUAAUGCUGCAAUACGCGUUCCCAAAAUUAAUAACCAACAUCGAGUUAAAAAAUAUGUUGCACGAUUUCAAUCAACAAUGUCAAGCAGAUGUGUGCGAAGUCACUCAGAGUAACUAUAAUUAACAUUAGCUAUAUAUAUUACAAACGGAGCCUUAUUGCCAAAUAAUCUUCUUUUUUUUAAGUUUUUUGACUAUGCCACUUACGAUUAUAUGGCGAUAAGGCCCAGAUAUAUAUAACAGGUUCUUAUUUUUUUAAUUAUUGUAAAACGUAGAAUUGUUGAGCAAUUUAAACGCUAAACAAUUCCUUAGUUUUGUAUUUUGUUCAAACAUUUGAAUAAAUCUUAAAUUCAUUAUUAACAAAACUCAAAAAUAAUUAAUUUUUCUAUUUCCUUCAAAAAAUAUUUUCUUUUUUUUUCAAAUAUAAAAGGAAAUAUGUAAGCAGUUAACAAGUUGGUUUUUUUCUAGGUCUUUUGAGCAUCGUCCUUUGCCUUUGGGGCAUCAUCUUCUAAUUCUUGAGUUGUGUCUUUAUGAUUGAAUAAACCAAGCACACAAAUUGAAUGCUUGGUUUACUUCAUUGAAAUUUGAAGCUUUGUUUUAAAAUAUCUGUUUAUGUUUCAGUUAACAUCUUGAGGACCUAAUAAACAGAAA